AACAAACCUGUAAGCGCACGUGCCAUGUGAGUACAGUGUUUGAAAUUGUUGGCAGUGGCGAUAGAAACGAGGUUAAAUCUAUCAAUCUGAAAAAUCAGUCGCAAAGUCGCUAUGGAAGUUGAAUCUGUUAAAAAGCAUCGCCUUAAAAAUAAAUCAGAGGCUAAAUCAGUGAUGAAUACGAAUGAGAACGACGCCCAAAUACAAAUUUGUUUUGUAACCAAGCAGCAGCGAUAUGCAGUACCGAAUUAUCCUUUAUCGACGCACAGCUCAAUAAUCCCCGAUGAAUUAAACACUAUAGUAAAUACACUUCUGAAAGAAUCAAAUGUUAUCGAAGAUGAUGUGGAGUUUGAUUUUCUGGUCUGUUCGCAAUUCCUGCGUACUUCUUUGCUGGAACAUAUUCAGGAGAGAAGCGGUUCUAUAGAAGAGUUGAUAGAAGUGGAAUAUGUGGAGAAGUAUCCUUCACCAGAACCAAAAAAUUGUUUGAUACAUGAUGACUGGGUGUCAGCCGUCGCCAGUUGUGGGAAAAAAUGGAUUCUUACUGGUUCUUAUGACAACAUGCUUCAUAUUUGGACAUUGAAAGGCAAACAUCAUCUUGUGAUUCCUGGACACACAUCUCCCGUUAAAGCAGUGGCCUGGAUAUCUCUUAACGACGACAAGGCUUCUUUUGUUAGUUCAUCGAUGGAUCAGACGUGCAUGAUAUGGGACUGGGAUAUAACGAAGAAUUCUGUUGAAUGUGUACAUAUCUGUAAAGGACACAAGGGAAGUGUUGAAGCGGUUGGCAUCAAUCAUGACAAAACGUUAAUGGCGACUGGUGCCUGGGACAAUAUGCUGUAUAUAUGGUCAACGUCUACACAGGAGGAGGACAAUGAUGGAGAAUCCGCAUCGAAAAAGGCAAAGUCAGAGUUCGCUAAUAAAACUAAGGUUCCAAAGUGCGCGAUGAAAGGACACAAGCAGGCGAUCAGCGGGAUUGUGUGGUGCGACAAAACGGAGAUUGUCACGGGUUCGUGGGACCACACCAUAAAGAUUUGGGAUUCCGAAUUGGGCGGCAUCAAGCACGAGAUCCACGGCGACAAGUGCUUUUUCAGUAUAGAUUAUUCGCCGCUGGCGCGCGCUGUGAUAGCGGGAUCGGCCGAUCAACAUGUGCGACUGUACGAUCCGAGAUCUACAGAGGGCACAAUUGUGAAAGCGAAGUUCAGUUCUCACACGCAGUGGGUAAUGUCAGUGCGCUGGUCGACGGUGAACGAACACCUCUUCAUUUCGGGAGCACAUGACAAUAUCGUCAAACUCUGGGACACAAGAAGCCUCAAGAUACCGCUCUUCGAUCUCAUGGGACACGAAGACAAGGUCCUUAGCUGCGACUGGUCGAAUCCUGAGCUGAUAAUGUCCGGUGGAGCGGACAACACUCUAAGGAUAUUCAAAUCUAAGCACGUUCCAUGCUACUUAUAGAAUGCGAUAUUAUAGAAUUGUUAUACAAAGUAAAACUUGACGUAUAAUCGACACCGAAAUGACCAAGACACUUCUUUUCUUCUAGAUAACUUAUAUGCAUUCAUAGUUUAACAAUUUUAAAGAGAUCUGUAGAGAUCAUUUUUGUAAUUGCUGAACAAUAUCUUCGUUUUAUUUGGGAAUUUUUUUCUUUUCUAUUUGUCGAACAUAUUUCUUACUAAGCUGCGAAAGAAAAUUCGCACGUAAUCGUAAAUAAGUUAAAAUUCGUUCGAUCACUUCGCUGCGUUACACGCGAAGAACGGGAUCGAUAGACGGUAUAAUCUAUUUUUUCCAGUAACGAAAAUAAUUUUAAUAAAUGAGAAAAAUAAAAAAAUAAACGUA